AUGGUCAAUGGGAAGAAUGGCCAGCCGGACGCUGGGCUGAGAAGCCUCGAUCAUUGUAUGUGGUGCCGAUGUGGAAUAGCAAUUGUCUUCAGAGGACUAACCGCGACUGCUCGUCAAUUGGUAUCAGAUCGAAACCAGCUUCCUUAUUGGCGUUACUGGCCACGACAGAAGCUCCUCCCGCUGAUUCGGUAUGAGACACCGUAUCUGGCUUGGGUCCAGGAGCGGGUUCGUACUCCGGCCCUGGACUCCUACUUUGCCUUCACGGCCAACCUGGGCACCCAUACCUUUUUCAUGGUUUUCCUGCCGAUCUUGUUUUGGUGCGGGUAUACGAGCUUGGGGCGCGGAAUGGUGCAUCUUUUGGCUUCCGGCGUGUUUUUCAGUGGUUUCAUCAAGGACUUGCUAUGCCUACCGCGACCUCUAUCCCCUCCUCUCCAACGGAUAACGAUGUCCGGCUCUGCGGCGUUGGAAUACGGAUUUCCUUCGACUCAUUCCACCAAUGCGGUCUCGGUCGCGGCGUACGCUCUCGCACUAUUGAACUCUUCCGAAUCCACCCUGAGCCCCCAGGUAAACAUCGCUCUCCAAGCCAUAACAUACCUCUACGUCUGUUCCAUUGUUCUGGGUCGUCUGUACUGUGGUAUGCAUGGCUUCUUCGAUGUUGUCAUUGGAUGUUUGCUCGGGUUCCUCCUCGCCUUCCUACAGUAUACGCUUGGACCGACCAUUGAUGAGUAUGUCCUUUCUGCUACCGGAAGGGGGGCUACACUAGUGAUUCUCUUGAUUUUGGGGUUGGUUCGUAUACACCCAGAGCCUGCCGAUGACUGCCCGUGCUUCGACGAUAGUGUGGCCUUUGCAGGAGUCAUGCUUGGAGCACAAGUGGCUUAUUGGCAUAUAGCCAGGUUAAGCCUAGUGUGGGAUGAACCUGUGCCGGCCACUGUUCCAUUUGAAUUUCGGCAAGUAGGACUGGUCAAGACGUCUCUCCGCCUCGUCAUUGGUGUUCUUAUGCUCUUCACGUGGCGAGCCGUCACCAAACCUCUUUUGCUCCGGGCUUUGCCUCCCGUCUUCCGGGGCCUGGAAAAGCUGGGCCUCAUACUUCCCCGGAGAUUCUUUAGGAAUGCCUCGCAAUACACGAAAGUCCCAUCCCAGCUCCGGGACCACGAAGUGCUGCCGGGCUUUUCGGAGAUACCUUCAAUUAUAACCACGAUACGGCAUCCCCGACGACGCGCUAUUUCGAUCGGUCCGCAGUCAGAAGCUGAUGCGUAUGAGACACUGGCCUAUCGCGAGAAACGGAGACGGGAAAGUCUUUCAACAGCCAACCAAGCAUCUCCAGUGCCGGAAGAAGGUGGACCGGUUUCGGAGUCCGAGCCACGGAAACUGUCGCGAAAGCCGUCUAAGUUACACGAGUAUGAGAAUAUGAUGGGCACAGGUGCCCCUGCUGUGGCGAGUUCUGUCGAUGUUAGCUCACAAGAAGCUUCUUCGACCGUGCCCUUUCCUCCGUUUGAGUCGGAAAUUGAAGCCGACGAGAAGGAAGUGUUUUCGCAGAUCAAACAGCCCCGGGUCAACCCCUGUGCGUCGAGUUAUAAAGUUGCGGAUGCUGACUGUGUUUGA